CUUUCCUUUUUCCCUUCAUCGAUGGACUUGGAAUGGAACCGACUGCUGCAAUGGCUAAGCGAAAAAGGGAUGGAUGUAUCCAAGGAUAGACUACCAGUAGAAAGGAGGAAGAGUACCGGUGGAUGCGGCCUGUUCGUCUUGCGGCCUUUCUUUCCGUCUGAAGUACUCUUUCGAGUUCCUGCCGCUGCGAUGAUGAACAUAAGAACACUUUCUCCUUUGUAUCCAUCCAGAAAACUGGAUGCCGUCCAGAUGGUAUCGCUGCAUUUGGCCGUGCACCGAGGAAAUCCCUCCACGGACCCACACUUCGGGCCCUACAUUUCUGUCUUACCUCGGGACUUUGCCUUCCAUCCUUUGACAUGGAUGGCCGAAGAAAAUAUUCAAAUUCUAUCAUUUGUCCCCCCAAGUGCAAUGAGAGCUUUGGCCAAGAUGCUACAACGAUUCUGCUCAGACUUUCGCAAGGUCUCUCAACAAACGGAAGGCAUCAAUCGCACAGAUUACUUGUGGGCGUGGCUGAAUGUCAAUACAAGAUGCAUCUACCAACGUCUGAAAGCAAAGCAGUCCGAUCCCGACAAUUUUACUAUGUGCCCCAUUUUGGACUUUGCCAACCAUAGCGCUCAUCUCUCUCACAUGUCACCGUGUCCUUCCAAUGCCGACAGAUGGAACGUAUCGCCGCGUCAACGGUUCGGUGAGGACAUGGUGUUUAUAUCCCCUGCUGACAAGCGCUUGGGUAUCGACGAAGAAAUCUUCCUAAAGUAUGGCGCACAUUCUAAUCAAACGCUCUUUGUUGAAUAUGGUUUUGUCCUUCCUAUAUCUUCCGAUGCAUUGUCUUGCGGAGAAGUUGAUGGAGAAGUUGACGUCUUUGACUUCGUGGAGCCUCUCUUCACGAACAAAGCAAAUCAUCUUCAGGAACUCCUAGAACGAGAAAAUUACUGGGAAAAUUGGACUUUGCACCUAUCGGCAGGAUCUGCAUACCCUUCUUUUCGUCUGCUCGCUGCAUUGCGGUUACAUCAUUUAGAGUGGGACGGCAUUUCUGAAGAGCUACUGAAGCCUUGGAAAGACACUCUACUAGGACACCGAAACACCAUCUCGACGGAGAAUGAGGAGACUGUACGGCAAACGAUCGUCGAAAUAUGCCGCCGAGUGGUGCAAAGAGGCAAGACAUAUAUAGCUGCUAUCAAAGAGGCAAGGCAAUCUGCUUCUGGAUGGGCAGUCGAUGCGUUUACGAACAUUGAGACCCUCUGGACAGAAGAGACUCUUGUUAGCCGAGAGAUGUCAGAGAGUAUCUUGAGUGGGAUACCAUUUUGAAACUUUGCCACACGAACAAAGAAUGUAUUGAAUAGUACUGCGCCUGGAACAGGACACUGUUCGAAGAUGCAACAUUCCUAUGGUCAGUAUCAAUGAGUAUCUCACGCCGAGGUCAUGUCAACAAGCACUGGGACUAAGUGGGCAUCAUUGGAGUGUCAAUCUCGUUCGCUAAGCUUAAUUGUCGCCGCCCUUCCCAUUGCAGCAAACAAUUUUCCUGUGUCACCGUUCGCAUUCCGGCAUUCAAGGAACGUACGGAGUGUAGCGGUAACCAUGGUCGCCCUCUCAGGAUUCAUAAUCUCGUAACCUUCUAUGCCUGAGAUUCUAGUGCAUUUACCUCCAUGGUCUCGCUUGCGGCCGAGGCGCAGAGUCACCUAAACUACUCCGUGUCG